AUGGACUCACUCGAAUCCUAUCAAGCCCAUGUCGCAGCCCAGAGGCAGAAAUUCCUGGACGUACUACCAAGUCGCUCAGCUCCUGGUCUGGAACCAGUGACCCAGCUCGAGACACAAGAAGAUGCCGCUAUGUUGGACAUCGACCCUUAUGCUCUCGAUUCACGCAAAACACUGGAAAGGAUAUCAGUAACUGGGGCCCUUGUUGGGAUUACCGAUACAAGGUUAGAAGCCUUGCGGGACCACGAUGAGACUAUUUGUCGGCGAUACUUUCACGGCCGUGUCCUUUCGUCUCCUUUCGAAUCAAUUCUGCGGAAGCUCGGGGGAGAAUCGUUUAUUGGUAGAUUCGACGAGCUCAAAGCUCAGGCUGAGUCUGGCGUCGAUGUUGCUCUCAGAGGGGCUGUCGUGAAGGCGUACAACAGCGAAUCAACGAAUUCUACGGAGGCUCUACGUGUGAACGAGCAUUAUUGGCUAUCAGCACUAGCAAUGGUAGCUAUCCCAUCCAUUGCUGAGACCUCCAACACUGUGAUGGACUUUUUCCGAACUCAAAAUCAUGGUGAACAACAACUUGACUACAGAAAGCAAAGACAGUUCGACGCUGCUCUUCGUCCUCGGGCUGCGACAAACACUACGUUUCACAAUGUCCUAGUCAAUAUUGAAUACACCACAGUCGCUGCACCGCAAAUCGACACUAAUCCACUUAUUGGAAGCACACGCGGUGUUGGAAAGUACCAACAUGCCAUCCUCAAUGCUGUGAAAAUCCGGCUGACGCAGAAUACUCGACUGUAUGUUCCGACACUGUCGUUCCAUGGCAAGGGCGAGGAGACGAAGCUUUUUUUGUCGAUUUUGAACCAGGACCGGCUCGAAUUCGCGGUUAUCGAUGAUUGCUUUGGCUCGGCACUUCCCACUGUAGCAGCUCUCCUCUGGCUUUUCCAGUCCGCUUCGCCCUAUGAACUUGGGUUAAAUCCACUCUUCUCGUACAAGUUCACUUCACUUCCUGAGGAGUACCAGCCUGGCGAUGCGGUACCCGCUGCUGCUCAUCUCCCCGAUCACCCCCCGAUUCAACUUACCGGCAACUACCUCUCUCCACUUCGCUUUGGUCUUUUCGACCGGUCGACAGUCAUCCUGGAGGGUGUUCACGAUGAUGAGAGUGCAUUCAGAUUUGUUGUCAAGCUAACGUUUAUCAGCGAUGCGCGUGUGUGGAGGGAGAAAAUCAUCCUUGACCAUUUAUUUUCAGCUCGUUCAGAUCCUCCGGCAUAUACACCAGAACUCGUGGCCAGCUUUGCAGCGGUCGGGCCCCCAUUUACCGUAUUACCGGACUCACAACCCCAACAUCCGAAAUAUCCAUUGACUCUGAUGCGUCCCCACCAUAUGGAGGUCAUGGCUUUCAAGUCGCCGCGAGACACGAAGAAAUUGAAGGAGCUUUCCGUCCCCCAAUUGAUCGCUACUGCCAUCCACCUGUUUGAAAGCUUGCUCGAUAUGUUUUCGCGUCGUAUCAUGCAUCUGGACAUUUCCUCCGGAAAUGUGUUGUCUACUUCUCAACAAGCCCUUCUUAUCGACUGGGAGCUUGGCCGGAUAUUUGGGGCGCCGUUACCAGCAGAGGGAAGUCCCGUUAUCGGAACACUUGACACGAUGGCCGUAUAUCCCCUCCAAGGCGGCGACCUACUCCCACAUGAUGACCUGGAGUCGGCAGUCUAUGUGCUGCUCAAAGCCGUCACUCAGACUUUCGUGCCCACCCAGAAACAGGGCGAGUGGGUGAGAUUUCGGGACGCGUAUGGCUGGGACAGGGGUGAUGAAAGCCCUUACACUCGUUCCUAUCUUCGCUUGACUCUGUGGGGGAAGCAGUUCCCUUUUGGCUUGCGUGAGAAAACAAUGACUUUCUUCCGUGAUUCUGGCGACGAGCUUCGAGCGGCGUUCGUAGAAGCCCUGUUUUCCAUGGCGCUCCCCGCUGGGCGGUGGAACCCCGCAACCUCAAGAGAGAGCAAGGGCUCAAACUUGGAUGUGACGGACUAUAAUGAAGUGUUCGCCUCGCUCAAAGAAAUUGUCGAAGGAGUAGUGGUCAAGUUAAAGGCCCUCAAGUCCCUACAUGUUCCACAGCAUAGGUAUCUAGCCCAUAUUUUAGCGGACAACAACACUACACACGCGGUGUUCUGCUCUGACGUCAUGUAUGGAUUUGUACAAGUAGGUGUAGUUCUGUUACUUCUGUAA